AUGAAGCGCGAGGUUGACCAUCUGGCGGUGACAACCACUGCAACUCGAAGUGAAAUAUGGGAAGAUGUUCGCUCUAAAUUCUACCGUGAUCAAGACGUAAACUGUUCUUACGUGGGUUUAUCGAGGGACAAGGUCCUUCGUCGUGUGAACCGAGCGCGAGCAGAGGCGUUUGGGGGAUCCGUGUACGGGCAGAUCGAGUCUCCACCCUGGUCUCAGCAACGUGAGAGGCUUAUUGGAUGGGCGCACCCAGUCCUCCUGGACAUGCUUAAGCAGAACAAGACGUCCAUCUUCCUCGAUGGCACUUUUCGCUGCGUCCCUCCCAAGUUUAAACAGUGCGUCGUGUUCACGGCCUAUGAUCGAGCUACGAAGGGGUACUAUCCGGCCGCAUUUGUCCUGUGCACUUCAAAGUACGAGAUGUAUUUCCAUGCUAUCCGACAUGUGGUGGACGCGACAGACUACUCGAUGAAUCCAGAAGGUUCGCACCCCAGUCUACCGGAGUUCGUAUCGGGGAUCAAAAAGCUGGCGCGCAAGUACGCUAACUUCAAGAAUGACGUGGAAUUCGGAAGAGCAUCCGCUCCCAGACGCCCCCCGAUUGCGUUACCCAAGGCAGUUGUGCUUCCUGAUGAUGACACGAGCUCGGACGAAGAGGUGAAAGUAGAAGAUACGGAUGAUAUUAGUGAACGAGAGUCCCAGGCCCUCGUGGACUCACCAAUGUCGGAGUGGUUCAAGCCGAUGAGUGAAACCAUCCGCAACGGUAAGAAUAUUUGCAUGGUAGCUUAA